AUGGCCAUACAAAUUGGGGAGAGGCCCUAUGAGUGUCCUGAGUGUCAGAAGAGGUUUCGGAUCAGCUCAGCUCUCCUCCUGCACCAGCGGAUUCACUCAGAGAAGAGGCCCUUCUGCUGCCCUGAUUGUGGGAAGGGCUUCAAGUGCAACUCCAACCUCGUCAGGCACCGGCUCAUGCACACCGGGGAGAGGCCCCACGAGUGCCCCACGUGUGGGAAGAGGUUUCAGGCCUGCUCCAAUCUCCUCAGGCAUCAAAGGAUUCACACAGAUGAGAGGCCCUUCCGCUGCCCUGACUGCGGGAAGGGCUUCAAGCAAAACUCCCACCUCAUCAGGCACCGACGCAUCCACACUGGGGAGACGCCCUACGGCUGUCAUGAGUGUGGACAGAGCUUCAGCCAGGGAUCAGAGCUGGUGGCCCAUGAGCAGCUUCAUGAUGGGGAGAAGCCCCACAAGUGCUUGGAGUGUGGGAAGAGCUUCAGGCAGAGCAGCAAUCUUGUCCGCCACCAGAUGAUCCACACUGGGGAAUGGGCCUAUGAGUGUGGGGAGUGUGGGAAGGGCUUCAGCUACAGCUCAGAACUCAUCAGGCACCAACGCAUCCACACUGGGGAGAGGCCCUAUGAGUGUCCCCAGUGUCAGAAGAGGUUUCACACCAGCUCCAAUCUCCUCCUGCAUGAGCGGAUUCACACAGAUGAGAGGCCCUUCCGCUGUCCUGAUUGCGGGAAGGGGUUCAAGUAAAACUCCCACCUUGUCAGGCACCGGCGCAUCCACAGUGGGGAGAGGCCCUAUGAGUGUCCCCAGUGUCAGAAGACGUUUCACACCAGCUCCAAUCUCCUCCUGCAUGAGCGGAUUCACACGGAUGAGAGGCCCUUCCACUGCCCUGACUGUGGGAAGGGCUUCAACCGCAACUCCCACCUCGUCAGGCACUGGCGCAUCCACACUGGGGAGAGGCCCUGUGAGUAUCCCCAGUGUGGGAAGAGCUUUACCCCGAGCUCGCAUUUGACGAGACACCAAAGGAGGCAUUCGGGAGAGAAGCCCCACAAGCGCUUGGAGUGUGGGAAGAGCUUCAGGCAGAGCAGCAAUCUUGUCCGCCACCAGAUGAUCCACACUGGGGAAUGGCCCUAUGAGUGUGGGGAGUGUGGGAAGGGCUUCAGCUACAGCUCAGAACUCGUCAGGCACCAACGCAUCCACACUGGGGAGAGGCCCUAUGAGUGUCCUGACUGUGGGAAGAGGUUUCACACCAGCUCCAAUCUCCUCCUGCAUGAGCGGAUUCACACGGAUGAGAGGCCCUUCCGCUGUCCUGACUGCGGGAAGGGCUUCAACCGCAACUCCCACCUCGUCACCCACCGGCGAAUCCACACUGGGGAGAGGCCCUAUGAGUGUCCCCAGUGUGGGAAGAGCUUCACCCAGAGCUCGCACUUGACGAGACACCAACGGAGGCAUCGUUAAGAGAAGCCCUGCAAAUGCCCCAACUGCAAGGAGACCUUCGAGCCUGGCUCCAGCUUCAUACCCAACUGGAGGACCCACGUUGGGAAGAGACCUGUGAUCCAUGCUGGGAAGACACCUGUCCCUUCUCCUGCCCCUGCCAAUG